AUGGCAACCGCAGACUGGCCAGCCCCUCGUGCGUCGUCUCUGCCGUUGCAGCAACGGUAUGAGUCGUGCCUCCGUGUCGCCGAAGAAUGCGUGCAGCCAGGGGAGCUGAUGGCUUUACUGGAGCACAAAGAGCAUCCCCUCUGCUACGACGGCUUCGAACCGAGUGGACGUAUGCACAUUGCGCAAGGCCUAUUGAAAGUGUUGCAUGUGAAUGAUCUAACACGUGCAGGAUGUCUUUUCGUCUUUUGGGUAGCCGAUUGGUUUGCUCUUCUCAACAAUAAAAUGGACGGAGACCUAGGCAUGAUUCGCAAAGUUGGAGAGUAUUUCAUUGAGAUUUGGAAGGCCGCCGGGAUGGAUAUGCAGAACGUUCGUUUCUUAUGGGCGAGUGACGAGAUUAACAAAAAUCCACAUGUCUACUGGAUGCAAGUAAUGAACAUUGCAAGGACUUUCAAUAUCACACGAAUCAAACGCUGCUCACAAAUUAUGGGACGUACCGAAGGGGACGAUCAACCUGCCGCCCAAAUUCUCUACCCGUGCAUGCAAUGUGCAGACGUCUUCUAUUUAAAAGCGGAUAUCUGUCAGUUGGGGAUGGACCAGCGAAAGGUGAACAUGCUAGCACGUGAAUAUGCGGAGGCAAGUCGCAAGAAGAAGAAGAGGGAGGGGCCGCCGCUACGUCCUCCAGUCGUACUAUCACAUCGCAUGCUUCCGGGUCUUCUACAAGGGCAUGAGAAAAUGAGCAAGUCAAUUCCUGACUCCGCUAUUUUCAUGGAAGAUUCAGAAGCGGAUGUAAAAAGAAAAAUAAAAAAAGCGUUCUGUCCUCCAGGCGUAGUUGAAGGCAAUCCCUGCAUUACAUACGUUGAGGAGCUGAUUUUCGCUAAACAUCCAUUUAAUGUAAAGCGCAGUACAGAAAACGGUGGAGACAUUGUUUUUCACAGCUCCGAAGACUUACGGGCGGCAUAUACAGCAGAACUACAUCCCUCUGAUUUAAAAAGAAAUUUAGCGGCUGCGUUAAAUGCAAGACUUGAACCCAUUCGUAAACAUUUCGAAGAAAAUCCUGAAGCCAAAGCUCUUCUACAAGAAAUAAGAUCAUACAAGUUUCUCGAUAAAACAAAUUGUACAACUCUUCCUGUUGAGCUUCCAUUUUCUCUUGCCUUGAAGUAUACUCCCAAUUCUUCUGCGGGAGGCUCGCAUAUACUUUCGCCAUCCAUCUGGCUGUCCGUGCACUUCGCGUGCGCAGCGGUGAUUUCUGAGCAACUCCACGACAGCAACGUGUCUGCGUUACCCACUUGUGCGUAUGCAUCUGCACGUGAGGAGCAUUCCGACUACGACUUUUCUUUCUUACUGUUGAUUUUACGGCGGAAAUAA